CCUAGUUUCCUACUCGGGCGACAAUCACCUUUCUUUGAACAACGUACUCAUCCUUUGCAGCCCUUCGCUGACACAGAUCUGGAACAGAAGCCAUACAAGCUCUCGCGAAUUGUGAACCAAGUAUUGACAACGGCGCCGCCGGCGACGCAGCGACACGUAUUUACAUCUAGACGCUGGAUCGAGCGAGCUACACAUCAUAAGGAUGGACAAGCUCAAGAUCGCAAAGGUGGACAGUGUGCGUCUCCAACGAGGCCAGCGGCACGAUACCGUCACGCUGCACCUGACAUCGCAUCAUUUCAUUCUGAAUUUCGAUACCACACCGGCGGCAUCAACGCAACAUGCGAACAAUAGUAGCGUCGAAUUAGCAGGCGGAAAUCCCAGUGGCCCUGACCCUGUUAUUUCCACCAAAGCGAAAAGAAAAGAAGUCAGCUAUGACCUCUCCGAAGCGGAGUGUACCGAGCUAUGGAUACCGUAUCACCUUAUAGCUCAAUUGACUCGCGUACCGUCUGUUCUUCCCCCUUCAGCGCAGCAAGUAUGGCAACGGCAGCAAGGCCUCAUCACUCUUCCGCACAGCCAGCAACCAGACAGGGGCCCGGAUUACCCGGCAUACGCCACUCCGCAGUUGACCCAAGGGCUCAAUGGGGGCCAUUCGCUCAAUCGUGAGCGCAAGAACUUGCCUCACAGCUGGCAUCCGCCAUACAUAUCCUCUGGGCGCGUUUUUCCUCUGGCAGUGUACCUGAGGAAUCUCGAAAGGUUCGGACUUGGGUUUCAGACAGAGCAGUUGGCGACUGAAGUGUUCGAGAGUGUGAAGGCGUGUGCGAUUCUACCUUCGAUGGACCAGCUGUAUGCGUUUCGUUACAAGCAUAUUGCCCCCGCAAACCUGGCGUCCGGAGGAUGGAAUAGGUACGACUGCAAAGCAGAAUUUGCGCGGCAAGGAGUGGGGAGGAGGACGAAGGCGUGGCGAUUCACUGAUGUCAAUUCUCAGUACACUUUUUGCCCGACUUAUCCAGCUCAGCUCGUUGUACCCUCCCGAAUCAGCGACACCACACUCAAUUAUGCGGCCAAAUAUCGAUCUAAAGCCCGCAUACCGGCGCUCUCAUACCUGCACUGGGCCAACAAUGGUACCAUCACUCGCUCUUCUCAGCCGAUGGUUGGACUUAACCGCAAUCGAUCGGUUCAGGACGAAAAGCUGAUUGAAGCUGUCUUUACGUCCCAUCACUUUGCGGACCCGCACUCGCCUGCUGCAGCUGCAGCUGUGUCACACGGUGCUGCGGAGGAUAUGAGUCCCAAUUCUGGAUUCCCUGCCAUGGUUGGAGCAAAUCUGCAAGCGCCAAGCGGAUCACCUAGCAACCGUCCUCCCAGUGCGAGCUUGAAUCUGGCCAGUGGUACCGCUCCAUUCGCUGUGUAUGGCGCGCAGACAACUAACCUGAUCAUCGAUGCACGACCAACGACAAAUGCGAUGGCCAACGUGGCAAAAGGAGCAGGCUCAGAGAACAUGGAUCACUAUCGUGGCUGCAAGAAGGCAUACCUCGGCGUCGACAACAUCCACGUCAUGCGGGACUCGUUACAGCGCGUCGUCGAAACACUACGGGAAGCAGACUUCCCGUACAAUUUUGAGCAAGAGAAAGAAGACAAGGAGGUCAAACGGCCGCCAAUUGACUCUCAUUCGCUCAAGCGAUCUUCCUGGCUCAAGCACAUCUCCGCCCUGUUGGAAGGCUCGAUGCUCAUCGCGCGCAACGUCCACAUCAACUCUUCGCACGUACUCAUCCACUGCUCUGACGGAUGGGAUCGCACAUCUCAGUUGUCUGCCAUCGCACAAAUCAGUCUCGAUCCGUACUAUCGCACGCUCGAAGGCUUUGCGGUUCUUGUGGAGAAAGACUGGCUGUCGUUCGGUCACCGCUUCAUGGAUCGCUGCGGGCAUCUCAGUCACGAAAAAUUCUUCACUACUGCGCAAGGCCACGGAGAACCGGACAACGAAGAUGAUGAGCGGGGCGAUGGAGAUGGAGGCUUCGAGCCUGUACAAGCUGCUACGGCUCUGUGGGGCUUCACGAAAUCACUAGCGGGCAACUUCUCGAGUGGCAGUGGCUCUGGCUCACACACGCACCCCAAAGAAAUGAGUCCCGUCUUUCAUCAGUUUCUUGACUGCGUCUGGCAGAUAUACCGCCAGUUCCCCCAGCGAUUCGAAUUCAAUUCCGACUUUCUUGUGGAGCUGCACAAGCAGCUGUACACUUGCACCUUCGGCACUUUCCUUCACAAUUGUGAGAAAGACAGGCGGAAGCCUGACACGCUCGGCAUUCCCCCAGCUGCACAAUGCUCCGUGAGCGUGUGGGACUACAUGUUCUCAACAGAGAUGCGUCCCCGAUGGAUCAACGAGGACUACGACAAAUCGCUCGAUGAUCCUAAGCGGGCGCAGGCAGAUAUGGGUGUCUUGCUGAUGGAUUCGCGCGAUGUGCGCUUCUUUGCUGGUCUCUUCAGACGCGAGAAUGAAGAGAUGAAUGCAUACAUUGUUGCCGAAAUCGAAGAGAGACAUCGGUUUCGGGAAGCGGAGCUUGCGCUUGCCAUGGAGAAGAAAACGAUGUUCGAAGCUGGACCGUCCGAAGUAGGCGGAGUCCAUGUCGCCCCGGCAAUUUCGACUCUGGGAGAGGAUCCGGCUCUGAAUCCACUAACGAACACUGCGUCAAUUCGGCUAAAUGACACAGCUGUCACCGCACGCGACCUCGGCUCCAGUCCUUUUUCGCCGGACCUGAGCGGUGCUCCAGUGACGUAUAAGCCCUACCAACCGCGCCAGCGUCCUCACCCACCAGCAACCGCUGCUGCUGCUGCUUCAGCAGCAACGUCGAAUCACGUGUCUCCAUCACCAGAUGAAACAAAUGUUCCGACCCCCGUUGCACCGAACGCUUUCGCAGCAGCAUCAGCGCAAGCACAUGCGUUGGCAAACAGCGAAGGUGCUCAAAAGAUGAAAACCUUCUUCUCUGCCGGUUGGGGCCGGUUGCAGGAGGCUGUGAACGCGCAAUUAGAUGCUCCUCAAGCUCAGCCGACCACAACGGCGCCGUCGGCAAGCAGUCUUCCCCUUCAUGUGCCGCUCGCGUCGCGGCCUGAUGCGCCUCUUGCGCAGGGCGGAUUGGACUCGCUUGUUCAUCAGCGAGCUGCAUCUGCGGCCCGCGUCCCAGCGCCGCAAGCUGCGAAUCCUUGGGCGUCGCGGCAGAAGGAUAGCUUUGUACCCUCAAAUGGUCUCAAAGACAGCACCCUGUUGGACGUGCGCCGAAAGGAAGCGGAGAAGAGUAGCACGAAUGCGGCUGUCACUGCACCAGCGGUCUCCGAGGGGAGCAAAGCAAAUGUGGAAACUGACCCUCUUGGCGUACUCGGAUGAGACAAAUUGCAUGGCAAGACGGACGCAGAUGUAGUACAACAAUGUAGCAUAGCUUCACGAUAAUGGGCGCGCUUGAGAAU